CCCGCAUCUCCUGCCUUGUCCAUUCUAUCCCACCGCUUAUUUGCACUCAGUCCCUCUACUCAUCCAUCACCGCCUCUUCGAGACACAGGAGUUCUCUAGCUACCUGCCACCUGCACCACACUCAUCUUCGCUCUAUUAUUACCCUUGUAUUUCUCCUGCAUCGCCUUUACAUUCUCGCCGAUAAAAUCUGCGCAGCAUAGACCAGGACAGACGACCAACCUGAUCAGCUGACCUCCCGUCAUUGUUUUGCCACCUUUUGAUUAGCUGUUGAACCACCCAUCACUUCGACUGCGCCUUUCAUCCCUCUCUUCCUCCUACGAGCUCCUGCGAAUCGGAUCGAACUGUAAUCAUGUCGACUUUCUACUACGGUGGUCAUCAACAACACCAGGCUCAGAACCCGCACCCCAUGCCUCAAUCUCACAACCACCAUGGCCGCUCACGAAGGGCUCCUCGCAUCUCAUCUUCUCAAAACAGUCAAAGACAAUACCGAGCACCAAAGCUAGUUAAAGAGGUCGUUCUCACCGAAGCUCCCACUCUGACGGCUUACCGACAAAGGUUCGAGGCAGGACGAUCAUUCGACCUGGACGAUGAUCUAGAAUUUUGCCCGAACCUUCUGAGUUACGACGAGGUUGGUUUUGAACCUCUUUUCUCAUCGGCAUCCCUUACUGACUACAAGAAGCGCCAGUCAGUCACUUCAGGCUCUGACCGAUCUUCACUGUCGAGCGGUUCUCCGGAUUCGUCGCCCAUGCAGUCCCAAAUCCAACCCCAACAAAUAACACCGUCUCUCUCCGUUUCCUCCGCUGCAACAUCAGCAUAUGUGUCCCCCCCGACAUUCAUGAGCAAUAACAACAACCUCAAGAUCCAUCAACCAUCGGCAAUUCGUUCUCGCAACAACGCCAUCCCCAUUGUCAAUCCAUCCACCGGUAACCGCAUUGCAAGCCCGCCAUCAUCCAUCUCCCCAGGCAUGAUGCAGCAAGCAACCGCCGCCCGUCGGUGGUAAGAGAUCCUUUUGUGCUCUCACCUCCCUGCUGGUCGCUGCGUUGCUGUCUUCAUUCCUGGGCUGGUCUCUGAUGUUCGGUCGUCCGCCUUUGCUUUGCCGGUGUAUCGACAAUUCCCUCUCGACUUUUUCCCUCUUUGCUAUGUACAUAUGUAUUUGACGACCUCCAAAAAUCUAUUAUUUCAUCGAGCGAAAGAAAGGCAUGGCGACUUUGACGACGUUUAACAUCACGAUACCAGCAGGUCUGUGGAGACCUAAAGAACAGGAAUGGGAGUAUGGUGGCACAGCGAUUCAAAAAGACAAUUCUGUUUUGAGCAUGGAGUUAUCGAGCAUAUUCAAGGUCCGGUCAAGAGAUCACGAUAGAAGACGACGACUAUCAUCUGCAUCAUUGGCGGUGUUUGCGUACAAUAUGGUUUUGGCAGUUUUUUUUAUUUGCUUGCACACUCGGUUUAUGCUUGGGAUAUGGGAGAUGAGAGAAUACAAAGACACCAGAUGGUUGAUGCGGCUUUGGGCUGGGUUAUGACGGUGCCAAAGCAUGAAUCAAAUGCACAUCUCCUGGUUUGAAUGGCUGGUUACUAAAAUGAUAUCUCGAGGUUUCAUGGGGAAUCUUAUCCAUGUCGAGCAAUUAUUGGAUGGUUGAUGAUACCACCACCCAUGAGGUGUAUUUCUAGUCCUAGACGCUGAAAAUACGAUUCUUCAUUCUGUUUAUCAAUAUA